CCCGCCUCGCUGCCGCCGGGCGACCCGCAGCUUAUCGCACUCAUCGUGGAGCAGCUCAAGAGCCGCGGCCUGUUUGACAGCUUCCGCCGGGACUGCCUGGCGGACGUGGACACCAAGCCAGCUUACCAAAACCUGAGGCAAAAAGUGGAUAAUUUUGUGUCAACACAUCUGGACAAGCAGGAGUGGAAUCCUACGAUGAACAAGAACCAGUUACGAAAUGGGCUGAGGCAGAGUGUGGUUCAGCCGUGUUGGCUAGACCCUCAGAACUAUCUGGAAUGGAAAUGAGAACCGACCAGCCCUACUUGUUCCUGGUCUUGUGGGAAGGUGACAGCUGCCGUCAUCCGGGGUGCUGUUGGUCAAGGGGGUCUGCAUACAUUUCUUCACCUAGUUAAGGAUGUUCCCUUUUCUAAGAGAUUAAGUUAGAAUAAAUGUUGGUGAAAUACUC